AUGGGCCUUGCAUCCACCCUCCAGGUGUUGACUCGCUCCCACAAGGCCAACGACCGUGACCACAAGGGCCUUGCGGAAGGCACCGCAGUUAUCCUAGACAAUUUGCCACGCUACACCGGCAAGGCUAGCUUCUCCGAUGCUGACCCCAAGAAGGUCAAGAAGAACGGCGGCGGCAGAGGCAACUGGGGCAAUUUUGCUGACGAUGUAGUGGAUCAAGACUUCUCCUUUAACAACGCUCGUCGUCGCUCCAACAGCAGCUCCGCCUCUCACCACCUCAACGACUUCAAGACCAAAUUUGAAGUGAUUGACACGGAGCCCGUCUUCGAAGAGUCUGUCCACGGACCCGUCAGUGAAGAGGACGAUGUGUCAAAGACUGACUCAUCUGAGAGCGGCCGGUCCGCCUCUUAA